UAGUACAUGCGUAAACGACAUUUUGAUUUCCAACGUAUUUUGAAAACUUCGAAACUUCAACGUUUAUUUCUUAGUGAUAUUAUAAAAAUUAAAUACAUCGUUUAAAAGUUCGCUGUGAUCAAACUUUCACUGUGGUUUUUUACUUGUGAAUGGUGUUAUUUCGUGCUUCCAAAAAUGAUUGUAAUAAACGAAGAUAUCAUUCAGUUAUUUGACAAAGUUCAUCAAGAAAUAUCUCAAAAUGUAAGAUCAUUAAUGGAAGAACUAUGGAGCAACUGGUCCCAUCUCGGUGUUGACGAGAAAACUAAAAUUGUACAUAUCACUACAUUAGUGGAUAUUGAAAAGGAUUUUCAUAAAGAAGUCAUUUCUGAGACUGCAUAUAAGUUAAAGCAAAUGGAACAAAAAAUAGGAAAAUUAAAGGAAGAGACUGAAGAACUCAGCAGAUGCCUAGCAGUGGACAUAUCUAUAUUGGAUUUCAAGGAAGACAUGUUGAUGGUUGAUUACAAAAAUGCUUUAGAAGAGCAACUCUCAGUGUAUAGAAUACAAGCUGAGCAACGUCGUACAAAAAUGGACCGGCUGCUAGAAUGGCAGCGGGAUCUGGUUGACAAGCUGGGAGUAACCAUGCAUGAGUUGCAAGAGGAGCCCUUACCAGCUGAAGAGGAACUGAACAAACUAAAGAACCACUUGGAAGUGCUGCAGACAGAGAGAGAUAAACGGGCAGAGUUAUUUCUGAACACGCAAGUUGAGAUUAAGGAUAUUAUGGCUAAACUUCAAAUCAAGCCACAAAAUAAGUUUGAGCAGAUGGCCAUAUCAUCUCUAUCUGUGGACUUCAAGGUGACUGAUCAAAACAUGGAUCGGCUGGCUAUGUUGAAACAGGACUUGCAGGAAAAAUUUGACCAAAUAAAUAACAGAGUAUUAGAAAUGCGUGAGCGCUUGACUACACUCUGGGAUUGCUUAGAGGAAGACCAAGUGUACCGUGAGAACUUCCUGCAUGCACACACAGGCUGCCACCCACAAACUGAAAUGGCUAUAAAGGAAGAGAUCAAGAGAUGUCAUCAGAUUAAGAGGGAAAAAAUAUCGGUGUUUGUAGCCAAUGUCCGUACGAAGAUCAAACUGAUGUGGGAUUGUGUGAUGUAUUCCCAAGCUCAAAGGGAUGAAUUUAUUUAUUACUACCAGGAUAUCUUCACUGAAGACACCCUCACCCUGCAUGAACUGUACCUGAAUAAAAUCACCAAGUUUUAUGAAGAGAACAAACACAUUUUCGAGUUGGUAACGACCCGGAAGAAUCUAUGGCUCAAGAUGACGGAACUAGAGGCGCGCGCUUCGGAGCCGGGUCGCUACCAGAACCGCGGUGGGCAACUGUUGCAAGAGGAGAAGGAACGUAAAACCAUCACUAACAAACUACCCAAAAUCGAAGCGCAAAUCCGUGAUAUGGUGCUGGAAUACGAGGCAAAGACGGACAGUGUGUUCACUGUUGAUGGAAAACCCCUGUUACAAUUGAUACAAGAUGAGUGGGAAGUGAGAAAGGCGGAACGUCAGAACAAGCUGUCUGCCCGCAAACAGGCGCAGGCGCUAACGCCCACCACGCCACUGUUCCGCUCGCUCGCCACGUCGCCGCUUGGCAAGCGCAACCGCACCGCCGCUGGUCUCGCUGCCACAGCAGAGAGAAACAAGCCGCCAAGCAAGCGGCAGCUCAUCACUGGCAGCGCAAACAAAGCUGUCAACGCUGUCACAUCCAACAUCUCUGCAUUCAAGAGAUCAGCCAUAUCUACUGUUAAAAGGCGCAUAAGCGGACGCUUGGCGGCAAAGGCUUUUGUCGAGAGUAAAACUGAGCGGGCUAAGAGAAAACUCGACUAUGACGUAAAUAAGAAGACACCUCAACCUAAGGCCAACGGCAGUAUUCUUAAACACAAGCGGACGUCGCGUAGCGGCCGUCGUUCGACCAACGCCAACAGUUCCGCAAGCUCCCGUCUUACUGACCGAACUGACAAGAACCCGCUCACCGAUACGACACUACUGACCACAUAUACUGACUUCAAGGACAACAUCAACGAACGCCAAAUAAGCCGCAGCUCAAUGGCCCAAACUAGAAAUCACGAAGCGAACAUUCUCCCCGUUCUGAUCUUCGAAACUUGCCAAGAGCGUAACGAAACUCCGCGCAGUGUGAGAUCAAACGCACCCCUGACCCCUAAAAUUGGCAAAGAAAACAUCCAACACUUAAAUUUACAGAUGACACCUAAAACUAAUUUAGUAUCCACACCCACUAGACUAACGCGGUCUGCUCUCAAACUGAACAACGAUGGUUUCGCCACACCUCGAGCCCCUCUAAGUUGUAGUAAAGCGAAUCUCAGGCAAAAUACAGGCAACAAUAUGCCCUUGAAGGUGACGCCAAACGGCGUCGCCAGGUCUAAGUCUCAUUUGAAUUUGAUGCGAACUAAGAAUCUACCACCAAUCAUGUGAAAAAUUGAAGUUAUACUCCUAAAAUUAUGCGCCAUACCUUUAAGUAUGCAGGAGGAAAGUUAAGCGCAAUAUUUAAAAAUAAUGUAUUAUGGCAGUAUAGGAUGCAAAUUUCUAGUGCGCUUUGAAUGCGAGGCGUGUCAUAGAGUUACAUACAUUGUUUUUUUUUGUAUCAUCAACAUCAUUAUCCAUAUUAGUACACCACUGCUUGGCAAAGCACUCUCAUGGGGAGAGGACCUUAGAGAACAGACUCUGCAUGCUAUUCCAAGGCUGGUUGGCGUGCUUCGUUGUUAUGGUGUUCAAUAAACAUGCACAAUCAUUUAAAGCGAAUUAGAAGUAUUGCGUUAACUAUAAGCAUCUAUUAUUUUGUGAUCGUAGAAUCGAAAUUUAAAUAUUCUUUGCUGAAACUGAAUCUCGUUACGUUGUAAUCAUAUUGAUCUAUUUCACGAAGACAGCUUGGCUGAUUUUGUUGUUGUCCCUUGUUUGGGUAUGCGGAAGCUUGGGAUUUAUUGUAUUAAUAUCAGAUAUUUACACCGAUUACUGUUAGGCUGCCCGCACACAGGCAAUAUUAUUGUCAAUAAUAUUGACAUGUGUUCGGGGCGUCAUUUUAGCGCAGCCGUAAAAUGGCAAUGACUGAAAAAUCAGUCUUAAUAAGGUAACAUUAUUUUCUAUAAAGUAAUUGCAUUAUUAAUGUUCGGAAAUACGCAUAUCGUUGUGCACUACUAAAACCCAAGGUCUUUAUGGUCUUCGUGUUAUAGAUAUACUAUAUCAAAUAAUUUGUUUCUUUCUAUUACAAUUCUACUAGUAUUGACUCAUUUUGAUAUGUUAUAAAUUAUGUUAUUAAUAGUAUUACAAUUUUUAAGUAGAUAUAUUAUAAGUUUUUUUUUAUAGAUUUUUAAGUUGGGUGUAACUUUAAUUUUAGUUUAGACUUCUGGUUAGUUCAUAGUUCAAUGAGCGUUAAAAUAAGACGCUUGGAAAUAAAUGUACAUAUGAUUUUGUGACAAAG